UCACCAUCGCCGGCCCUCCGCCGCCUUCCUCCGCUUCCACCUCCUCUCCCCCCCCCCCGCCAAGUUGAGGCCCCCUCCGGGGGGGGGAGGCCCGGGAGCCGGAGCGAAUUUCUCUAACUCUCUCCACCUUCCCCCCACCCGGCCCGAGUGUGAGGAGAAGGGCCCGGCCCGGCCCGCGUCGUGUGUGAGGAGGAACCGGGCCGGCCCACGGGCCGUCUGGGGCCUGGUCCGGGCCGCCGGGUGUGUGAAGACAGGGGCCCGGUGCGGGCCGGCCGAGGGCGAGCGGAGCGGAGGGGAGGGGCCUGGUUCGGCCCGGCCGGUGCGUGAGGACUGGGGCCCCGGCCCGGCGCCGCCGUCGCCGCGAUGGCCCAGCAGCAGAUGACCAGUUCGCAGAAGGCCCUGAUGCUCGAGCUGAAAUCCCUUCAGGAGGAGCCGGUGGAGGGCUUCCGGAUCACCCUGGUGGAUGAAUCCGACCUCUACAACUGGGAGGUUGCCAUCUUCGGACCCCCUAACACCCUCUACGAAGGCGGCUACUUCAAGGCGCAUAUUAAAUUUCCUAUUGACUACCCAUAUUCACCACCUACCUUCAGAUUCUUGACCAAAAUGUGGCACCCCAACAUUUAUGAGAAUGGAGAUGUAUGCAUUUCAAUUCUUCAUCCACCUGUAGAUGACCCACAGAGUGGAGAACUGCCCUCUGAAAGGUGGAAUCCUACUCAAAAUGUCAGGACUAUCCUGUUAAGUGUAAUCUCAUUGCUUAAUGAGCCCAACACCUUCUCCCCAGCCAAUGUGGAUGCCUCGGUUAUGUUCAGGAAAUGGAGGGACAGUAAAGGAAAAGACAAAGAAUAUGCUGAAAUCAUUAGGAAACAGGUGUCAGCCACUAAAGCCGAAGCAGAAAAGGAUGGAGUGAAGGUCCCCACAACCCUGGCGGAAUACUGCAUCAAAACUAAAGUGCCUUCCAAUGACAACAGCUCAGAUUUGCUUUAUGACGACUUGUACGACGACGACAUUGAUGAUGAAGAUGAAGAGGAGGAAGAUGCCGAUUGUUAUGACGAUGAUGAUUCUGGGAAUGAAGAGUCGUGACGUGCUCCUUCAAGGCCCCUGUACUGCCCUGCCGUCUCAGGCCAAAGGGAGGGGAGCAAGUGGGGACCUAGCAGUGGCCCCUCAGCAAAAAACCUGUCAUGGGGGUGGGGAAAACAAACACGGCUCCUGGUGACUCCCCUUA